AUGACACUCCCGAGCGUGAACUCAGGUGUGUUGGGUCGCAUCAGGCGUCGGAUGUCGAAGCAGGCGCAUCGAGGGCUGUCAAUCUACAUUUUCUGCUGCGCGCUCGUUGUGCUUGGCCUGUCGCAACUCAGCUCUCAUGGAGCCCACAUCAAACCAGCCGACUUGAUGAGAAGAACGAUCUAUCCCUUCCAGGCGACGUUGGCGGCAGGGUCGUUUCCCCGGAAAAUCUGGCAGUCAUGGAAGGUUGACCCGUUGGAUUUCGAAGAAAGAGACCUGAUGUGCGCACGUUCGUGGGUCAGCAAGAACCCAGAUUACCGGUAUGAGGUCUUGACUGACAGUAACGACCUACAAUAUGUCGAAACCCAUUUCGGGCCCAAUGGCCUCAACCGGCCUGAUAUCGUCUACGUCUAUCAAUCACUCACGGCCAAAAUAAUCAAGGCCGAUUUGUUGCGCUACCUGGUCAUGUACAUAGAAGGAGGCCUUUAUGUCGACAUCGAUGUGGAAGCACUGAAGCCUAUUGACAGGUUCAUACCGGACACGAACCGAUUCAGGGAACAGAAUAUUGAUAUGAUAGUCGGUGUGGAGAUUGAUCAGCCACAAUUCGCCAACCACUCGAUCCUGGGUCCGAAGUCCAUGUCUUUCUGUCAGUGGACAUUCAUGUGUAAGCCUCGCCUGCCGGUCAUGCUCCAUCUGGUCGAGCACAUCAUCAACUGGCUCUACGACCUGGCGGAAGCGCAGAACGUGGCGAUCUCGGACAUCUCUUUCAACUUCGAUGACGUGAUUAGCGGCACUGGCCCUUCAGCCUUCACGCAAGCCAUACUGGCUGAGAUGUCAGAACGCGAGAAGAAAGAGGUCACCUGGGAGGAUUAUUUCCACGAGAUGGACGAAUCGCGGCUGGUGGGUGGUGUACUGGUUCUGACGGUCGAGGCAUUUGCCGCUGGCCAAGGACAUUCCGAUUCAGGCACCCACAACUCCCGCAAUGCAUUGGUUAAGCAUCAUUACCAUGCGUCAGGAUGGCCAACAUUACACCCUCGAUACAAGCACCCUGUUUAUGGCGAAGUGGAAGCCUGCAAUUGGGAUCCCGAGUGCGUGCGACUGUGGGACUACAGCAAAGCUGUCUUUGAGGCUCUCCCACCGGAGGAGCAAGCAAGACAAAUCGCAGAGAAAGAGGCUGCAGAGCAAGCCCUCAUGCUUAAUCAGCUUGGCGCGCCGAUGCCGAUCGACCUUCCGCAGCAGCCUGAUGUUCCCAUGCCGAUAGAGCUUCCACAGCAGCCUGAUGUGCCCAUGCCAGUCGAGCAUCCUGGCCCUCUCGACCUACUACUACCGAUCCCUGCUCCUCCGCCGCCUCAAGAGCAGGUAGUCCCUCCCGAGGUCAACCCUCUCCAAGAGGUCCCCAACCCAGGUCAGCUGCAGGCUAGAGGUCUACAACAGCCUGCUCUUCAGCCAUCAAUCAACACAGUCGCCAGCUUUACAGUCAAACCGACUGUAUCACAUCACGGCUGGUGGUGGAAGCCAAAUACAGUCGCCAGCUUUGCGUCGACUCCAACAGUUGCCCCACAUCAGUGGUGGAAGCCUAGCAACACUGUGGCGAGCGUUCCAGUCAGCGCGACAGUGUCACACCCUGCAUUCAAACCGGCGGUGACGGUUGGGUCGCACAUCUCAGCGCAUUUUACAGUGACUCCAUCUGUUGGGGCGUGGGGCAAUAACAAGUCGCUGCUCUCGGGCUUUGCUACAGUCUACUCUCAGCCAUCAGCUAUACCUAGCAAAUAG